AGUGAUCGCCUGAGGACCAGCAGUCCGGUCUUCCCAACCAUUUCAAGAGGGACAAUGGCGGCGGCACUGCUCGUAGGUUCCGGGCCACACGUUGUUGACGGCGGCACACAGCUGAAGCACUAGAGCCAGAGACCAGAUCCACAGACGCUGACGGAGCUCAUCCAUCUGCUCUACUCCACCCUAAUCUCGCCUGAGGGCGGGUCCGAGUCUGCAAAGGAGGAAGCCGGAAGUUAGGUGCCGGGAGCCACGCUUAGCUGGCUUUACAGCGGUUCGUUUCUGACUACCGACCGGACCAGGGCUUGGGCCUGGGUCUGGGCCUGGAGCGCUACACUCUUGUCCAGGUCCAGUGUCUGCUGCCCGGUUCUGUCCCCAGCGAGGGGCAGUUUUACGUGCUUGCUGUUAGGUGGGACUAGGCAGUGCAGUCAUCUGCCAGCAGAGGGCGUGUUACGCUAGAGUGGAUCAAAGUGACCACGGUGUGGCCAUGGGUACAGCACUUGUGUACCACGAGGACAUGACAGCCACCCGGCUGCUCUGGGAUGACCCCGAGUGCGAAAUUGAGUGUCCGGAGCGCCUGACUGCAGCCCUGGAUGGCCUGCGGCAGCGUGGCCUACAACAAAGGUGCCUGUGUUUGUCAGCUUGUGAGGCAUCAGAGGAAGAGUUGGGACUGGUGCACAGCCCGGAAUACGUAGCCCUGGUGCAGAGGACCCAGACCCUGGAUAAGGAGGAGCUCCAGGCACUGUCUAAGCAAUUCGAUGCUGUCUACUUCCACCCGAGCACUUUCCACUGUGCCCGGCUGGCCGUAGGGGCUGCGCUGCAGCUAGUGGAUGCUGUGCUAACAGGAGCUGUGCACAAUGGGCUUGCCCUGGUGAGGCCUCCAGGACACCACAGUCAGAAGGCAGCUGCCAAUGGAUUCUGUGUGUUCAACAAUGUGGCUAUCGCAGCCAAACAUGCCAAGCAGAAAUAUGGGUUGCAGAGGAUUCUUAUUGUCGACUGGGAUAUCCACCAUGGCCAGGGGAUCCAGUAUAUCUUUGAUGAUGACCCCAGUGUCCUUUACUUCUCCUGGCACCGCUAUGAGCAUGGGCGCUUCUGGCCAUUCCUUCAAGAGUCUGAUUCGUGUGCAGUUGGGCAAGGGCAGGGUCAAGGCUUCACUGUCAAUUUGCCCUGGAACCAGGUUGGGAUGGGAAAUGCUGACUAUUUGGCCGCCUUCCUGCAUGUGCUGCUCCCGUUGGCCUUUGAGUUUGACCCUGAGCUGGUGCUGGUCUCGGCAGGAUUUGACUCUGCCAUAGGGGACCCUGAGGGGCAGAUGCAGGCCACACCUGAGUGUUUCGCCCACCUCAUACAGCUGCUGCAGGUGCUGGCCGGUGGCCGGAUUUGUGCUGUGUUAGAGGGUGGAUACCACCUGGAGUCCCUCUCACAGUCAGUGUGUAUGAUGGUGCAGACACUGCUUGGUGACCCCACACCUCCCCUUCUUGGCCUCAUGGUGCCAUGUCAGAGGUUUGAAGACUGGAGAGUGGGGCGGGGGGCUGAAGCAGCAGUCAGGGUUACAAUGCUACUUCCUCCCAUAGUGCCCUGGAGUCCAUCCAGAGUGUCCAGACAGCCCAGGCCCCUCACUGGACAAGCCUCCAACAAAGUCAGUAUGACCUGGACCUGGGCUGGUGGCUCCAGCUUAGGCUUCUUUGUAGUGAAUGUGACUGUGACCCGUUUAGAUGUGGCACCAGUUCUGAGUCCCAGCACCCACCUUCCUGAAGGGAGGUCUCUGUCUCUGCUGGCUGAGAGCUCCACCUGUGAAGUAGCAGAAGAUACACCAAGCCCCCUCCCGGGCGGACUGUGGCUCCACCCUACGCCCCCAGUCUGCACAGCUGUUGCCUUGGCUGUGCCAGAUGCUGCUCUGGCCUUACCUCCUAGGGUGCUCCACCAGGAAGGGUCAGCCUUGAGGGAGGAAACUGAAGCUUGGGCCAGGCCACACAAGUCCCUGGUCAAGGAUGAGAAGGGUCUUGCUGCAUUGGGGAAGAUUCUGUGUCUCUUAGGUAGAAUCCUGGAUGGGCAGGUAAGAAGUGGCAUAGCCGCCACAGCAGCCUGUGCCACAGCAGCAACUUUAGAUGUGGUCAUUCGCCGAUGUCUGUCCCACGGAGCUCAGAGGCUACUCUGUGUGGCCCUGGGACAGCUGGAUCGACCCCUGGACCUUGCUGAUGAUGGGAGAAUUCUAUGGCUGAACAUCAGGGGCAAGGAGGCAGCUGUCGGGUCCAUGUUCCACAUCUCCACUCCACUGCCACAGACGACUGGGGGAUUUCUGAGCUGCAUCUUGGGUCUGGUACUGCCCCUGGCCUAUGGCUUCCAGCCUGACAUGGUGUUGAUGGCACUGGGGCCUGCCUAUGGCCUUCAGAACGCCCAGGCUGCUCUCCUGGCUGCAGUGCUUCGGGGCCCAGCAGGGGGCCGAAUUCUAGCUCUAGUGGAAGAGGAAUCCGUACUCCAGCUUGCAAAGACCCUGGCACAGGUACUGCAUGGAGAAGCACCUCCCAGUCUGGGCCCUUUCCUGAUGGCCUCUCCAGAGGAGAUCCAGGCCCUUACGUGUCUCAAAGCUCAGCUGGAGCCUCGGUGGAAGUUGCUGCAGGUGGCUGCUCCUCCACCAGGACCGUGCUCUCCAGUCGCUUGACAUCGAUUAAGGCGGGCGACUCCUAUUUGGAGAAGAGCGCACACAGGCGGGAGGCCGACGUCCCACCUGCGCCCCAGACACCCUAUCUGUAGAACAAUAAAUAUGGGUUAAACAGA